AUGCCGUCGAAAAAGACCAAAGCUACGGUAAGCUGAACUAGUAUGUUGCUAAAAUUCCCUGGCCGGUUCCUUUGAAUUCCACGAUCUUGCAUUUAGUCUCGCUCACUUAACUUUUUUGCCACAUAACACCACAAACUCAAUGCUCAACAUGGCUCAGUUGACUUUAGUGCCCCUCUCCUUUGACCUUCCUCGAGCUUUGUACUAUUUUACUCUACUGAGAGGGUUACCAUUUCUUGUAGAGAUCACGUAGCAGUUCUCGGUCGAGGGGCCGACCUGUCUCUAAAAAACGAUCGCCCUCUCGGAGGUCGGCCUCACGGUCAUCUAGAGCGCGGACCCCGGCCUCAGAGUCUAAGGUCGUCAGGCGGCGAUCUCCUAGCCUCUCAGAUGAUGAGCGAGCAACAUCGCCGGUAAAGCAGAAGAGACGCGAUGCGCGCCCAUCCUCGGCCAGCAGGGCCGUUAAGUCUUCGUCCAGAUCCUCCGUAAGGCUUAUUGAAAAACUAGAAGCCCUUCAUCCGAGUGAGGCCAAGUGAGUUGCUUCGAUUGACAAUUUGCCCUUUUCAUUAUCGAUAACUUUAGUAGUAGUGCUGUUGUUGGCCGAUUGUUACCGUGUCACAUGUGGGGCACUAUAAGAUCGCUUUUACUAUUUCUGAAGGACGGACUUGCCAAAAUCUCGCUAUGGUGGUACCAAGCCAACUUCUUCCUGUUGCCGAUUCACCUCGUGGGCCGGGUCCUUCCUAUGUUCCGUUUAUCACGGUAUCUUCUCAGAGGCAACAGGUUGCUUCCUUGCUACUCUGCUCCUGCCGCUCAUCGUUUUCUAUCUGAAUUUUUUGGUACUGACUCCGACCACUUCUGACAUUGGCACGCACCUAGAGACGCCUUGGGGACCGGGUGUGUCUUUCUUGGGCGCUCUCUGGCCGUCAGUUAUUCAUGUAUACUUCGACCCAUACGCCGCUCUCUAUGUCUUGGGUUUUCUCGCGUUCACAAUGACCGUUUCGCGCUUCAUGCCUUUUGGACGGAGCUUCACUGUCAUCGCGGGGGGUCGUCGCACUGACGCAAAGGUUAACGGUAUGUUCGGCUUUAACAUUUUUAAUCUUUGCUCCCUCGUUUUCGUUAACUGUAGUGCAUCCAAUCACUGAUAAUUGCAAGAGCCUAUUUUUACUCCCGACUCAUGUAUAAGCCUGUUUGUGAGUGAUUUGGCAGCCCUAAAUUCAGUAAGACGAGAUUGUUAAACAUUGUUUUUAUCACAUACGCCCUCCUUACAGGUUUGAUCAUCGGCCUCCUCUGUGCCAUCAUAAUGGGCCUUAUUCAGUGGAAGGGCGACAACUAUGUACAUGGCCUGCGACCGGCCAACUUGUACCAUCACUGGCCAGGUCUCCUGACUUCAUGCACUUUCCUAAGUCUCGUUAUUGGGCAGUUUGCCUUCUGGCAUGCUGGUGGUUUCCAGCGUUACCCCUUUUUCAGCAAGAAUCCGGGUGAGCUCCGUUUUUUUUCCGAUGCUGUUUUUUAACCAUUAAACAUUCUUGGAUCUUACUGGUUCUAAUUUCUUUACAGGGAGAGCCAUAGUCAACUCAUUCCACGGGCUCGAAGUCCGCCCUCGUGUUUUUGGGUGCGAUUUUAAGCUUCUUCUGCUCUACCCAUCUAUCAUUGGAUUGCGGAUACUCGAAGUGGCCCUAGCACUGCGCCAAUAUGAUGAGCGUGGUCGCAUAAGUCCUGCCCUUUUCACGGUCAUUUGUCUGCACGGCAUUUACAUAAUCGACUUCUUCGUCUUUGAGCCGACUAUCCUCAGUUCGUUCAAAAUGAACCAUGAGGGCUUUGGAAUCUUCCAAACCAUCCGGCUCUUCCUCGUUUUUCCUUUUGUGAGUGGCCUUAAUUCCUUUUACCUUGCCGUCAACUACGAGGCCGGCCACCCAGAUGCCCAGCUAAAGUCCUAUCCGACUGUUCUCCUCAUCGCGUCUGUCUCCCUCUUCUUGCUUGGCUUGUGGAUUAAGCGUGCCUCCAGCAACGAAAAGUAUCUCUUCAGGCGAGAUCCACAACACCCGAAGUUCACAGGUGGGUACAUUUUGCUCAACUACUGCAAGUAGUGUGUCGUGCCGUUUUCUCACCCAAGAGAUUGGGGUGUACCUCUUCUAAAUGGUUCUCGCACUUUAGGCAUGAACAGCGUCCCAACGAGUUCCGGCAAGCGUCUACUCGCGGGAGGCUGGUGGGGUCGCGUGCGUCAUCCAAAUUAUUUGGGCGAGGCAUUGAUUGCAAUCGGAUGCAGUCUGCCUGCAGGUACUUUUUCCCCCAUGUUCCUUUUUCAUAACUGUUUUUUUCUAAUGGAUUCCUGAUUCAUAUCUUGUUUGAAAUAACAGGGUUUACUUCCGUGGUACCAUGGAUUGGCGCAAUCGUCCUUAUCCUCUACCUUAUGAGGCGUGCCGUGGUGGUCGAGCGUUCGUGCGCCACAAGAUACGUGUCCGCCUGGACCAGGUACACUGGCCUCGUUCCCAAGCGCUUCUUGCCUCGCGUAUACUAA